AAAUAUAUUUACAAAAUUGCACAUUGGCGAAAAUAUUUACAGCAUUAUUUUUAAAGCUUAUUCUGAAAUACAAUGUGUUUGUUCAGUUUAUUUCACAUUGUUUUUGUCGAUAAAAAUGUUUAAGGGUUAAACAAGAAAUGAAUCCGUCACUAAUAUUGAAUCAAUCAACUAAACGAAGAGUAGAAUGUGCUCACUAGGCUCUUUGGUGACAUCUGCCGGCGACUCGUUGUAACGACAGUGCGUAAUGACGUCAGAUCAUGUGACUCAGUUGUCAGUCUCCCAGGCAGCAGAUGAGACCGUUUGGCGAAGAUGGCGGAGUCGCUGUCGUCAGGUCUGGGAGAGGAGAAAGAGAAGGAGAAGGAGGACAGUGAGAGAGACAAGAAGGGUGUCCAAACGGAGAGGAGCAAGGGGAAGGACGGACUCACCGAGACGUUGAGGUUUAGCGACAAAAAUGGCGGCAGUAAAGGCAAGAAACGCAACCUGUCAGAUCUUUCUCUGGUCAGAUUUAUAACUACUGAGCUCACCAGAGGCUACUUCCUGGAGCACAAUGAGGCCAAAUACACCGAGCGCAGAGAGAGGGUCUACACCUGCCUCCGCAUCCCCAAGGAGCUCGAGAAGCUGAUGACUUUCGGCUUCUUCCUUUGUCUGGAUGCAUUUCUCUAUGUGUUCACCCUGCUGCCGCUCAGGGUGAUUCUGGCCCUUUUACGGCUCAUCACGUUGCCUUGCUGUGGCCUCAGUGGCUCCCGCCUGCUCCAGCCAGCCCAGGUGUGUGACGUACUGAAAGGUUUCAUUAUGGUGCUGUGUUACUCCAUGAUGAGCUACGUGGAUUACUCCAUGAUGUACCACCUGAUCAGGGGACAGUCUGUCAUCAAACUCUACAUCAUAUACAACAUGUUAGAGGUAGCAGACCGCCUCUUCUCAUCAUUUGGCCAGGACAUCCUGGACGCUCUGUACUGGACAGCCACAGAACCAAAGGAGAAGAAGAGAGCGCACAUAGGCGUGAUUCCUCACUUCUUCAUGGCUGUGCUCUACGUCUUCCUCCAUGCCAUCCUCAUCAUGGUUCAGGCCACCACUCUCAACGUAGCCUUCAACUCCCACAACAAGUCCCUGCUCACCAUCAUGAUGUCCAACAAUUUUGUGGAGAUCAAAGGAAGCGUGUUCAAGAAGUUUGAGAAGAACAACCUUUUCCAGAUGUCAAACAGCGACAUAAAAGAGAGGUUCACCAACUACAUCCUCCUGCUCAUCGUCUGUCUGCGAAACAUGGAGCAGUUCUCGUGGAACCCUGACCAUUUGUGGGUGCUGUUUCCUGAUGUAGUCAUGGUGAUAGCCUCAGAGGUUGCAGUGGAUGUCGUCAAGCAUGCCUUCAUCACCAAAUUCAAUGACAUCAGUGCUGAUGUGUACGGGGAAUACAGAGCCAGCCUUGCAUUUGACCUUGUCAGCAGUCGACAGAAAAAUGCUUACACAGACUACAGUGACUCAGUGUCCAGAAGAAUGGGCUUCAUCCCUCUUCCUUUAGCUCUGCUGUUGAUCAGAGUGGUGACCAGCUCAGUGAAGAUCCAGGGGUCGCUCUCCUUUAUGUGUGUGCUCCUGUUUUACCUGGGGAUGAUCACUCUGAAGGUGCUCAACAGCAUCGUUCUGCUGGGGACGUCCUGUGUGUUCGUCAAAGAGGCCAACAUGGAGGAGAAGCUCUUCGACCCUCCACCUUCUGCUGUCUCCAGCCGUGUCAACUCCAGAGCUCACCGCACCAAACACGUUCACACUGCACCACAGCCAGAACCAACAACUGAGAAAGGAGGAAUCCCAAUGGCAUCAGAAAAUCCUCAGGUUGCCAACAUGGCAGAGAGCUCCGCCCCCACACUCCCCAAGAGUGACUCAGACACAUUCCUGACCACGCCAGACGAGGACGAUGACAAAAUAAUCAAUGCCAAUACGGGACUGGAAGGGGACGGCCUUGAACACAGAACGCCCAAGAAAGAUUUGCUGGAAAUAGACCGCUUCACCAUUUGUGGCAACCGAAUAGACUGAACGCCAUGUAGAGCAACGAGUCAGUGUCCUGACAAAACCGCGAGAUUCAGGGAUCAGACACGGGUCAUGGAGCGUGCUCAGACCAGACGUAUUUUUGUGCACCUGACCCCUGGAGUAUUUAUUUAUUUAUUACUGAUAAAACCAGCCAAGGCAUAAAGCUGUUACUACAAGCAUCAGAGGCCGCUCCAGAUGUUUACAUCUGGUCCAGUUGGUGCUGCGUGAACCAGCUAGACCGCUUGCUGAUGUUGACGAUGGGGGAAAACUGGCACGCACAGCUGGAGUGGAGCAAGAAGAGAGAAACAAAAUCUGCAUAUGUUAAAAUUGUACAACGUGGGACGCUGUGUGAUCAUAAAGGACAUGACAGCUGGACUGUGCGAGUAUGUGUUCAAAAGCACAAUGUACAGCGCAGAGUUGUUUUUAGAAAGAACAAAACUUGUCAAUUUUUUGUACAUUUUUUAAUUUGAAAAGAGUGAAAAGUUCUAGUAUUUGAAAUGAAGUUUUUAUGAUGAAUCUCUGAUCUUUUUUUUUUUUCUAAAAAAAAAUCGGCCAUAUCAAACAACAGGACGACUCGCAAUCACACGAACACAUAGAUGAAAUCUCAAAUUCACUCUGCAGACACACACACCAACACGCAUUUUAAAACCUUGUUAAAAUUGAGUUCAUAAGCCCAGAUGUCCAUGGCAGCAGUGACACUAACUUAACCUUUUAGACACAGAUAAAAGUUUUAAGGUUUCAGUAUCGUGCAGUUUGUGUUGUUAUUGUUACUUUAAAGCACUGAGGUAUAAGAUGCUGACUGUUCGUGAAGGCACAGGUAUUUAUUUUGAAGUGGAGCCAGACAAGUUGUUGAGAUAUUUCAGUGAUUUUUUUCCUUUUUCCAAUAAACUUCACAUGUACCGUCAUCAUUCAAGCACGUAGCCUACAGAAAAUCAUGUCUUGGUGUAACACCACUCUGUUGUAGGUCUCAUUUUAAACUCGUGGUGUGUGACACUGGCAUCAACUUAACAUGUUUUCCAACUGGUUAGCAUUACAAUGACAUGAAAAAUAAGCAAGAUUACAUGUAUGCAGGUAAAAUGUUCAAGGAUACCUGAAGGCUGAGACACAGCUGUGAGGGCUGAAUUCCCCUUAAAUAAGAAGAAGGAAGAUUAUAUCAGCACUGUUAUUACAUGAAGGCAUGGAACCUAGAUGUUUUUAUUUGCAAGAUCUUUGCUUUGAUCCACAAAGCUUCAUGGCGUAGUUUGGUGUGGUUGGUUGGUUUUGAUUAUAGCAAGAAUCUCUUCCUAAAUACUUCUGUCUUUAAAUGCUGUGAUAGCUGAAGGCACUGUUGGACAUAACAUAGUGGAUCAUAUAGCCCCAGCCCCAAGGUGUGCCUGUCAUGCCAAUACCGCAUUUCGUCACAUUUUAGACGGAGUGUUAAACAUUUGGUUUUUCUAAGGAUUACCUAAUGAUUUUGAAGAACCCAGAAGGUCUUUUAACAUUAACAUUUUAAUAGAUAUUACUGUUCAGAGGACAUUUCCAGAAUCCUUAAAAACUCCUCUAACAAUAUGAGUGAACUGCACUGAUUAACUGGAUUAGUUGUCAACCAUUAUAUUGAUCUUGCGCUAUUCUCAUUAUCGAUAUCGAGAAAAACACUCUGAUUCAAGCUUCAUAAAUGUGAAUUUGUUCUGGUUUCCUUGCUCCUCUAUCACAGUAAACUGAAUAUUUUUGGGUUGUGGACACAACAAGACAUUUGUGGACGUUAUUUUAAACUCUGGUAAAAUAUCACUGUAUGGUGAAAAAUGUCCUUCAGCGCAUCCCAGACAACUAUACAAUUAAUUGACAGGUGUGUAGGAUCAGAAACUUUGCUUUUAUGUUAAAGGAUCUACAGGGUUUUAAAAAAACAAAAAACAAAAGAUGCUAAUCUGAGCUGUGUAAUGCAUGAGAGAAGGGCCAUCAAUACAGCAAAAUAAGCAGCUGCAGGAAGAAUUAAGGGUGUAGAAGAUACAUCACGACGUCGUGUGUGAUGUUAGGUUGUCGUGAUUCUCCAAAUCAUCUCCAAAUCGAUUUGAUUUCACUUUUGACUUUGAUGUUUUGGUUUUCUUCUGUCAUGCACCCGACAAGUAGGCAAAACUGGAGAGGAUACAAGAUGCUGGGAGAACAACUUGUCCGGCUUCGAUCAAUUUCCAAUAUAGAAUUAAAAUUGUGACACCCCCUGUGUUUGAGUGUGUGUGUGUGUGUGUGUGUGUGUGAGAGAGAGAGAGAGAAUUUGUAGUGCAUGGAUAAAGCUCACUACCAAAAUGCAUACUAUAUGUAUGACUCAGAUACGUUGUUUUUAUUAUACAUGUACAUCCCAUCUAUGUAGACGUUUCUGGAGAAUAAAACAAGAUUUUUGUUUUGUAAA